AUGGUGGUCCAAGAUGUGACGGGGUCACCAUCCGACUCCUCCUCGUCCAAGCGUCUCUCGUACGUUCCUUAUCAACGGAAAGGCCAUCAGAGAAAUGCAUCCAGCGCUUCACAGUCAUCGGUUGCAGCUUCAGUAGCCGAGUCCAAACUCUCGCAACCCUCGUCGAACUCUGCGUCAUCGCUGCAUCCGUCAAGCUCCAACAGUGUUUCGAGUAGCCGACGAGGUAGCGACGCAGCAGAUAGGGCACCAGAAAUUUCCACACCCGUGCGACCGCAGAUAAACCCGUCACGAGCGCCAUCGUCCCUGAAUCGACCCGCUGUCGCUUCGCCGUUAGCCCGAGGCGCCGGACUUGUUCGGCCACAUCGGGAUCUUGACGCGCCUCCACCACCACUACGCGUAGCUUCAAAGCUCGCCUCAAGCAGCUCGCUGACCACAGGCUCUGCCGCUCACAAAACAGUUCAAGCCUCACCAUCGUCAUUUGGAGCGCAAUCAACAAACGGCUUCAUCGGAGAGGCUUCAAGCUUUUCAGGAGCUCGCCAUGAACGCAGUCAGAGCACUGCAUCCAUGUCGACAGUUCGUGCACAGGACAGUCCUCGCUCACCUCAAAAGCUUCCACAGGCACCCCGAAUGUCGAGCAAAAUCCAACCAAGCUCGUCGACAACUGUGCAUCGGCCUGGCUCUGCUCGUGACGAGACCAUCUUGAACAACAAUAACGCCAACGGCGGCACACCUAUCGCAUCGAGCGUAGCUUCGAGCCUUCGUGGAUCAAGCAGAACAUCGUCUGCGGUGGCCAGCCCUCCCGGAAGUCGAUCCUCAACCCCCAUCAUUGGUGCCUCGGGCAACUCGAUUCCCGCUCAUGUCAAUUCGUAUGCUGCAUUGCUCGCAGCUCAAUCCAAGCUUGGACCUAUCCCAGUACCACAGGGCAUCGCCCUGGCUCAAGCUGCGGGGACGGUCUCGUUGUCCGCACCUGCAUCUAUGGGCAUCUCGAGCCCUGACGGACGGCGAACAGCCUAUCGAUCCGGCUUUCAACCAAAGGGCGUUUUUCGCAUGCGGACCGGCGAAUUCGAAGAGCUGCGGCGAAAAGGAAGGAGUGAAGGUGAAAUGGAGGCGCAGCGCAUGGAUCGACGGCUUGCAAAGCUCAUCGCUAUUCACUUUGCACCUAGCAACGAUCCUGAAAAGGCGUCGCUCAGCCCAGCGAAGAACUUGCUCUCUUCUACUUUCGUGGACUUGGAUUUGGACGAGCUGAAACGAGAUCCGAGCAGUGUGAUCCGCAAAGGCGGAAACGAGUUGUGGACUUCUUUCAGAGCACGCGGUCGAGGCGAGGAUCCUGCAAUCCGUCAAGCCGAGCAGAGCAUCGUCAAUUGGCAGGAUGACGCCGAAGCAAAAGCUUGUCCAAUCUGCUCAACCCCGUUCAGUUUCACGGUGCGCAAGCACCACUGCCGGCUGUGCGGUCGAGUGGUGUGCGCUUCACCUCAUCUCACACGUCUCACGUGGGCAGAACAAAUGGGUCCAGGCACGGGUAAGACGUUGACAGCGCAAGAGCGGGCCGAGCUCGAGAGCAAGUGUUCGGGCAACAUUGUCGCCGACCCCAUCACAGGUCGUAUUGAAGAAGUGAAAGAAGGAGGAGUUGCAGCGUCAUCCAAGUUAGUGCCGACCUCGGUUCAAUCCAAAGGCGUUCGCAUCUGUCGUGACUGCAAGGCGAUUGUUCGUAAGCGUCAAUACAUGAUGGACAACGAGCCGCUGCCUGUCUUUAUCAAGCUGUACGACGCAUUGAUGCGAGUCCAAAAGGAGAUCGAGCAGUCACUCCCGGAGUUUCAGGAGAUGGUUCUGGGCUUGCAGAAGCACGAUCAGACUGCGGCGUUGGGCUCCAGCAUCAAGGCCAACAUCGAGCUGCAGCGCGAUGCCGUACAGGCACGCAAGCAACUGUUGGCCAACUUUGCUACCUAUGACGAGCUGGCCAAGCGUAUCCGUGCGCUACCGGUAGGCGACAAGCACAGCGCCAGGGCCGCUGCAGUUGCGAGCGAUGCGGCGCAGGAAAGAAUUCAGCAUGCUAUAUUCACGCGUGCCAAUCUGUUCCUACAGCAAAACAUGCUGCCAUUGCAAAGUCUACCGAAGCCAGGGACCAAGAAGGCAGCGCCAGGAGAGGGGGGUUCCGACUCGACGCCUAGCACACCACACUCGUCACAACCAGCAUCGCCACGCUCGGCACCACGUCGAGCAGCGCAACACGCCAACAAAGCAUCUGUCAGCUCGAUAUCCAGUUUCCGAUCGCUCUUUGGAGGAGGAAGCGCGUCCGGUUCUCUACGAGCCAGCUCACGCGCCGACCUCGAGGAACAGCUCAACCACUAUGAAGAUGAAGUCGACGAUAGCAGUCUGGCAAAUGUCGACCCAGCUGAGCUCAGAGAACAGCUGAAAGUGCUGCUAGAACAGGAGAAGCUCGUAGCAGACUAUGUGGAGAGUGCUGCCAAGGCACGCAAGUUUGAAGAUGCAAAGACGCUCAAGAGAAGUCAUGACGAAUUGUGCAAGGAGAUCAUCAAGAUUCAACGACGACUUGUGGUUGCUGGAAGCGGGCGAUGA